AUGAAAGCCCAGCUCUUGCCCCGGAUAGGCUCUCUGGGCCUUGUUUGUCUUCUGUGCGUGCUUCUGGCCCACCAGAUCCUACAAAGUCUUCCGGACACUGGUCCUAGCCGGAUCCAUGCGCGUGAUCUUGUUGUUCCUGUGACCCCAGAAGUAUGGCCAGAUAACAAUUUGACCGCCCGUGCUGUCGCUGGAUACUUGGCAACGCGCGCACUUGACUUUGAGACGGCAGUGAAUAAGGGGAAUGGGUUAUAUUGCAGGUGCAAAGCCAAGUGGCAACUCAGUGACGAGUCUCCCUGGACGAACAUCAAUGAACUAGAGGACUACUAUACCAGACGCCCUUACGGAAAGGGCGCUGGAAAGGAGCCCGACAGUAUGGCUUCUCUAGGAGAGGCCCUGUCUGCCAUGGGUCUACCCACUGUGAUCAGCUCAAACAACGGAAAAGACGGCAAUUUGGUGCCACAAAUCUGGUCACAGAGUGAGGAUUGGGAGACUGAGAUUGUCGCCGGUGGUCGUACCACUAGGACAGAUCACGAGGCAACCCAAGCCUUCUACAUUAACGUUAUGAGCCCCAAAUCCGGGUUGAUAAUCGCAGAAAACAAUGAAAGUCCCGUAUCCAUUUCUGGCCGACACUGUCCGGUUGAGAAAUGGUCCGAUAUUGUCUGGCUUAAUUAUGCAGCCAUGGCGAAGUCAACCGGUAGCUCUGUGAACAAACUGAAAUAUGUCGUCCGGACACACAUUGUCAAUCGUGAUACAUUGAAUAUCCUGCAAGCUGUGUGCGGUGGCCCAUGUCCCUCAUGGCCUGGUACGCCUUUCGACAUAAACCAGAAGAAGAAAGGUGGGGUACUGAUCAAUCAGAAUGGAUUGGCUUUGCUGGGGACACCAAAUGGUGGAGGGGCUGCUUGGCUUCUCAUCAAUCAUAAGCAGCAGUUGAGCAGGAAAAUGCCAGUCUCGGUCAUAGCUUGGACGACGUCGGGAUUGAGUGCAAAUGGGACGGCGGAGCCUUGGUACCACAUGAUGUUCCAAUUCAGUACGUGAUUAUAUACAAAGCUAGUUAGACAGUGGAGCCGCACACAGAUAUAAAGAGGUGCCUUCGAG